ACAAUAUCCCACUUGCACAGCCAGCGGGACCCACGUGUGCACAAACAUUCAACAGCACGCCGCAACAACACGCAAUUCCUUCAGCUGUGCGGAACGGUUCCCUGCCGGCUUGUACCAUCUACGCGUCUAGUGCCGACACGAUCAUGACGGGCACGGCGUUACACGCAAAACUGUGGAAAAUCGCCGAAGAGGAGCUGGGAGAAACGGAAGAGCUCAGACAGCGGGCCCUGGAUGAUCUCACCAAGCUUCUGCACGAUGAACCCGGACUCAAAUGGAACAACCAGUCUGCCUUUCUUCUACGGUUUCUGCGGGUACGGAAGUACAACGUUGAGGCGGCGUUGAAGAGCAUCAAAAAGUACUAUCGCACCGGGAGCAGCUGGGGGAAAAAUAAUUUAGACCUCAGACCUUCCACUGUAGUUCCAGACUGUAGAGAAAUAACAGCUGUUCUACCUCACAGGGAUGCUCAAGGCCGGCAGAUUUUGCUAAUCAGAAGUGGCGUCUGGAACCCCGCUGUGGUGCCUCAGAUUGACGUGCAUCGGGCCUUCCUGCUGUGUCUAAAGCACCUCGAGCGUAGCCCAUCAGGUCAGACGGCCGGAAUCGUUAUUAUCAUUGACUACGAAGGGUUCGGCAUCGAACAUGCUAUCAACUGCAAAUUGAGUCUGAUGAAAGAACUCACGGACUUCGCACAGGAAAGCAUGCCACUGCGUCUGCGGGCUGUGCACGUCAUACGAGAGUCGAGAGGCUUCGACUUUUGCUUCGCUCUUGUGCGUCCGUUCUUGAAGAGCAAAAUUAUCCAGAGGAUACACUUCCACGGGUACAAGAUUGAAGGACUCUACGAACACGUUCCAGCAACCAUAUUACCAGAAGCUUACGGCGGCCUGGUGUCUGACACAGUGUUCCAGAAGUUUUGGUUGCAACUGGACGCCGAUGAGCACUUUUUUGCAGAAGAGAGUGCAUACGGCUACAAGAAUAUUGACACUGGCGACGCGCCGUCGGAGCUCACGAGCACGAUAGUAACGCACCUGUAGUAAUGCGAUGAUGAAUAUUGUAACGCGGUACACCCAUCUUGCGCUGUCAGAAAUUAUAGGCAUGUAUAUGUAUAGCUGUAGGCCUACUACCAGUACUUUUUUUCAGGGGGCUGAAAGUAUUUACAUCGCCAGCUAUAUUUACUCCUGAAAAAAGAAAAAAAAAACAUAACGUGAUCUCACCUACUUGGGUUAGAUUCAGAAAUAAAGACCUACAGAAAUGCCA